AUAACAGUGAAGAUGAGCGAGGUAAGAUGCUUCUAUCCUAGAACUGACCUCAAAUCACAAUUUGUUGGAAUCUUGGAUUUGAAGGUGUUGGGAAGUUUGCUCCAUGGUUCAAAGUGACAAACAAAUUAUUUGUGCCCAACUUGACGUAGGAUAUAGUUGGUAUUCCAGCAGAGAACUUUUAAGCAACGGUAGAGAAGAAGAUAGUAGCACGGGAGAAGAUAACCACAACAAGAAGAAGAAGCAAGGAAGAAGAGAAGCAAGAAAGGAGGGAGGAACCGGAGAAAAUGGGGGAAGGAAACUGGAGGAGAAACAAGGAGGAGGAGAUAAGCUCGAUCAGCAAGCAAAAAUCAUUACGUUUUUAUCAUUCAUCAUUAAAGUUUUAAAGUUUACUAACAAGACAUAUAUAGAGGAAAUAAGCAACCCAUAGAGGGGUAUGGGCUAAACCUAUUGUACAAGCCCAGUUAAAACUAAUAAAGCAUAAAUGAAGAAAACCCAGAAGUAGGUGAUGUCCUCAUCACUAUUGUGCUAACAAAUUUCUUCAUUUGACACAAUGAGGAACUCUCAUAUUGAUUUUUUCAAUUCAUAUUUACGGAGUACUUGGGAGAGAAAUGUAAUAGUGUUACAGAAAAUUGGCAUCCCAUAAUUCAUAGAUCAUGACUUUUUAAGUACAGUAGAUAAAGUUAAUAUUUUUUAGCAGGAUAGAUAAUAGAUGGCAAUUAACUUUUCUUUUCCACAAUACACAAUUAGGUAAGGGAUGAAACAUCUAUCUUUGUGCCCAAUUUGUAAUUUGAGUCGUGAAGUUAGCUUUAAAGUCAAAACCAGGGGAGUGAUGACGGAGCGUUAAAAUGAUCCCAAAAGUCAUUAGCUAGAAUGUGAGGGGGUUUAAUGAAACUGAAAAAAAGGCUAGGUAUUCAAAAUUUGUUGAGGGGAUGGAGGGCAGACCUUGUCUGCCUACAAGAAACUAAGUUAGAGUUCGUCUCAAGGGUUGUGGUUAGUCUUCAGGAGGCGUGCUAGUCAUAUGGGAUGCUAGAGUUUUUGAUAUGGAGGAGGUUAGUGUGGGGAUAUUCUCUAUAACGUUCUCAUUUAGAAAUAUUAGGGAUAGAUUCCAGUAGAUGUUUAUAAAUUUAUGGCCUAACUUUGAUGAGAGUAGAGGGGGUUUGUGAGAUGAGUUCAUUGGUAUGAUGGUUUAGUGGAAUCUCCCAACGUAUAUUGGGAAUGAUUUUUAAUGUGAUUUGGUUUCCUUUUGAAAGGUCUAGUGGCGGGAGACUAACAGGGGCUAUGGAGGACUUUUCAGAUUUUAUUAGGGAGGACAUGUUGGUAGAUAUGUCUAUGAUUGGGGAAGACUUUACUUGGUCAUCUAAUUAGGACUAACUUGUUCUAUUUCGUAUAGAUCGGUUCUUGACUAAUGGAGAUUGGGAGACUAAGUACUCAGAUGUCACUCAGAGGAGAUUAGGGAGGGUGUAUUCUGAUUAUUUCCCUAUUUUGUUAUCUGGGAAUACAAGGGGUAGUGGAAGAAGGUUUUUUAGGUUUGAGAAGAUGUGGUUAAUAGUAGAAGGCUGUUGGGAGCAAGUACGGACUUGGUGGGCUUUCUAUGAUGUUAGGGGAUCACUCGGUUAUGUGUUGGAUCAGAAGUUGAAGGCUUUGAAGAGGGAUUUAAAGAGGUGAAAUGAAGAGGUAGCGGGCAAUGUAAACUGUCGUAAAAUGCAAUCUCUUACAGGCAUAGAAGAGUUGGAUAGGCGAGAGGAGAGUCAAGGGUUGGUUGGGGUGAAGAAGAAGAGAUGUAAAGUAUUAAGGGGAGAGUUGGAGAGGUUGGUCUAGAUGGAGGAGAUUGCUUGGCACCAGAAAUCUAGGGUCACGUGGUUGAAAAAGGGGGAACAAAUGCACCAAAUUUUUCCAUAAGGUCGCUAAUUUUAACAAGUGCAACAAUUCUAUCACAUUGUUCAAGGUAGAUGGGGUUACUUAGACUCACAGGAUAUUGGGUCCCAAAUGGUGAGAUUGUAUUAGAAUCUCAAUUGGGAGCAGUUUGUGUGGAGGUUAGAGUUAGAAGGACUGAAUUUUUCUACUAUCGCGGAGGAGAAUGCUGGUUGGGUAGAGAGAUUGUUUGGGGAGGAUGAAAUCGUUUAGCACGAAUGAUGAUAAGGCACAGGACCGGACGAUUUCUCGUUCUCAUUUUAUAAGGCGUGCUGAGAGGUGGUGUGACCAGAUUUGGUAGUAAACUGACCGCCGUAAUCUGCCUUCUUAAAACUAUCCUGAUUAAUAUAGCAUUUUCACUCCCAUUCCCAGUCUGAUUAAUGAUAUUGUAAUUGACUUGAGUGAUCCAAUCACAGUAGGACCUUUAUCUCCUAAGACUGGUUGACUUGAGUAACAUUGGCUGCCUAUUCACGGGAGAUUGAUCUGGAGAAGUACUAGCUGCUUCCUCCCAACAUCCAACUCAUCACUAGAGAUAUUGUCAUCCCUGUACUCAUAUUUACCGGUGGUCCCUUGGCACAAAUAUAGAACUUCUUCACCAUAACCAUGGAAAGAUAUCCCCAAAGAUAUAGAGUUUAUGUUGGGGCAAGGUCGUCUGCUGUGACAAGCUUAGACUUUUCAUAAAAUAUUUUAACACGGAUAUGCCCCCUCAAUUGGAGUGUUUGUGCUUCAUAACAAGGGGGAAAGGAAGAUCCAAAGCACUUAGACAUCACAACUUGCCAUGUUAGUUUUGGUGCAUCCGUCCCUCGUCUAAGAUAAAUGUAAAAUUAAUGAUAAUGACAGGAACAUAAUUCUGGAUCUAUGCGUACUGUUGUACAUAAAAUAAAUGCAUGUAUCUGUAACCCUUUCUUCAAUUUUUUAUGCACAUCAACAAAACAAUCAAAAUUCCAAGAUCUUGGACUCUCCCAAUGGAAGUACAGCAGUUUUACAUUUUAUUUUAAAACACUCUCACCUCUUGGUAUCAUUCCUUUCUUCUAAUUAAAGGCUCACAAACUAUACUGAGCCUUAAUUUUGAGUACAUAAUACGUAGAUUUGGCAACCAUCAUAUUUGUUCAUUUACAAGCAACAACCAGUUGAAGGAUUCUGGUAGUUCAGAGUAUCCAAAGCUCGAUUUACAAAUUUUAAGAGAUGAGAGAUGGUCUUUUGUUGAUUUUCACUUGGUGCUGAUAUGUUUUGAAGCUUGACAAUGUUAUUCUUGGUGGCUUGGUGGUAUAUGUGUACUAUCUCUUGGCCUUCGUUUUUAUUCAAGUAUUUUAUGGUCUUCUGCAUGUUGAUUAUAGAUUCUUGCCUCUAUACUUGCCUUUAUUAAAUUAUAUACAUCAUUCUCUAUUCUUUUGUGUUGUAGAAGUGUCUGAUAUUCUAUAUCAUCCAGGGACCUUGACAAUGGGUGGAUUGCCAAUACAGAACUCUUCUUCCGUCGUCUCUUUGCAAUCGCAAAAAGACCAAGGCUCAGGCAUUGUGACACCCGCCUCUGAUUCAAAGCCGAAGAAGAUCUGUUGUGCUUGCCCUGAUACUAAGAAGCUGAGAGAUGAAUGCAUUGUGGAGCACGGGGAAUCAGCUUGUGAAAAAUGGAUCGAGGCUCACAAAAGAUGUCUCCGGUCAGAAGGUUUCAACGUUUGAAAUUGAGAAAAUUAGACAAUACAUUUUGUGAUUCUUACUAAUCCAUUUAGUGGUCAACUCUAGAAAGCUAAACACGGUGCCAAGAAGUUGUUUGACAUAAAAGAAACAAUUCUUAUUUGGGAAUGGGAAUGAGAAAUAAAUAAAACGAGAACAGUUUGUUUUAAUUGUUUUUUGGAAAUAUUAAGGUCUUUUACCUUACAAUUUGUUCUUUAUGGGGAAAAAUGAAAACGUGUAGUUAGCACUCA